AUGCCAGAUAAUGGCUUUGCGUCGGUAAUUCCAGCGCAAGUCUCGUUCCUCGCUAUCUACAACCCACUUCUCGGACCAACCGAUGAGACAAUCAACGAUCAGAUCGUUUUCUAUACCUCAAGGUCCAGGCAGCGACAACGAACCAAAACCUCCGCUGUGGAUAAUGGAGAGGAUACAGAUGGCAAAAAUGAGGCAAAUGAGCGGUUGCGCCAGAUAGGUCUGGCGCAAGGCAUGGUGAGCUUCGCAAGGAAUUUUUCAGAAGGCCAGGCAGUCGAAUAUGUGGAAACAGAAAAGGCAUGGAUCAUCCUGCAUGAGUUGGAGAAUAGCUGGUGGAUUCUAGCUUCAAUUGACCUUACCAGACUACCUACCGAGUCUGUCAACGGGAAGUCCGAGCCUUCAUCGCCCUCAUACCAAUAUUCCUCGCGAGAGAUGUGCCCUCCACAACUACUCAUUCAACAACUUCGCCGAGCUCAUUCGACCUUUCUGCUACACCAAGACAAUACACUAGAUGCUCUAUUUCAGCGCGUUGGCAGGCCGACAUUUUGUCACCUCCUUGGCCGUUUCUGGGAGAAAUAUGUUUGGAGCUGGGACAUCCUUCUCAGUGGAAAUCCAGCUGUUGAGAUGUUCAAUGGUAUUAAGCUCUCUGCUGGCGGCGAGCUCGGUAUCGGCGUUGGCGAAGAAGAAUGGGGCAGUGGUGAAAGAGAGGUGCUCGAGGAUUUUGUUUCCCGGACCGAUGGUCUAGUCGACCUGGUUGUCUCACGGUUUGGUGAUGGAAUCUCUCAGGCUGAGGAGACUGCCCAGCCAGGGCAGCUAAAGAGCAUCUCAGCCACCGAUUCAGUCGAUAUUGAGCAUUGGCUUGGGCAAGGCAAUUAUCCUAGGCCUUCGGAUGGCGUGAUCUUCACAGGUGUGGGAGCUAUAUCAAGAUUUUCUCUGCUCCAAGUCUCUCAGUGGAUGGAGAGGAUAUACAGAUAUGGCAAUGAUGCAUAUGGACUUGGCGAACACCAAGCCUCGCCGAAUAUAAAAAAAGGCCGAAAAAGACGCGGUCGGAAUCAUUUCAGAGACACCAGCAUGCCCUCCGAGCAGAUUGGACGAGCAGCAUCCAGCGUUUCGAAGUUGAAAUCCCCAGACCGCAGGUUCUCGCCUGGAAUACCACGUCCUCUGGUAUUGCCUCACAUGCGUUCUCAAAGCCUGGCUGGGUCCGGGAAGAAUUCCCCUAGUGGAAGCGAGAGUACCUCAGCAGGUAGUCCACGUGCCAGUGACUGGUCAGCAUUUGGAACAGAAACUUUCAUGAAGUACCUAACUUUGGGCUACGGUUCUUCUUGGGGCUUCUCUUCUGAAAACCAGACUGCCCUCCCUCAAGUGGCCGGGCCGAAGCAGCAGGGUGACAACACCGAAACGGUCUCUGUCAGCCCUUCUGAUGAAGAAGGACGAGUCCCGGAACAUGUUCCUGUGAAAGUCGACAAGGGCAGGUUUAUUGUCGGCUUGACUGACGAGAUAAAAUCCGAAAUGGAGGUACUAGAUAACGAGGAGUCUCCGAAUCACAACAUAACUAGCAGGACGCUAUAUCUGAAGCUUUCGCCUGGGGAAGACCUGACGAAGCUCCAAGUGCUCGUCUAUGUACAUCAACCUUUCAUUUUCACGUUUCUGUUUGAAGAAGGAACCCAGGCCCUUUCAACACCUUCACUGUAUCGAGCCAUCCACCAUCAGCUAUAUCCUCUCCGGAAGUCCCUUCUGACAUCCACGUCUCCUGCCAACGCGUUUCGCCGAAUAUCCAUAUCAAACACCCUCGAUCCCCAACAACGGUUCUCACAGGCUAAAACAAAAGACGAGCCGGUCUACGAUCUGGUCUACGACCCGUCCAACCUCACUAUCCGGUCUUCGAUCCCCAAUAUUCCUGACCUAGGAUCCUCAAUCCAUGCAUCUGGUCUUGCGUCCAUCGAUCAACCCCCCCUUACCCGCAUCGAAAGCCUCAACAUUCACCACCGCCUGUUAAGCACCUACACUGAGACCCGGACCCGUCCCCUCGAACUCGAACAGACCUGCAAAACGAGCCGUGGCUGGUGGAUAGUCUGGAUGAGAUUGAACGACCAGAAUAAGCAAGAUCACGAACCGUCCUCCUCCUCUUCAUCUGCUCAGGAAGCCUUCCUCGUCCGCAAAGCAAGCGAUUACGCCACUGCCACCGGGCAUGGUCGCGGGGGCAGUAGCAGCGCCCGCUUUUUCAGGGAUCUAGGCGGCGCAUCUGCCUCAUCUGCAGCCUUGCAGCAGGCUCGCGCGGAAAUGGGCGCCUCGUCCCGGCUAGCCGAGGGGUUGGGUCUAGAUCCGCGAAAAUACAUCGAGAACCUCCUUAAUCUAAACCGAUGA